AUGCUAGCCGUCGAUUGGAAGCUAUGGAAAUCCUACAUCAAGAAAGCUUCCUCAAGAUCCAUAACUAUUCGUAUGCUCGGCAAAGUCGCAGCCUUGAGAGAGCUGUUCAGGGCAAAAUCGGGAAUUACCAACAGUCACGAGUAUUUAUCGGGGGACAUUGGUGUCCCAGAGAAUAAGAAGGAGACGAUCAAGACUCAGGUCAGUUUCAAGAGGUUACAAAACGAGCCUAGUGAGGAUUUGACCGUUUUCAGGCAGCACUCGACUGGCUCGAGCCUCAUGGCACUCAGUGAUGCGGCCGAUGAAUUCUUUGACGUGCCCGAGCCGUUGGAUGACGAGGGCUUGGACAGCGAGUGGAAUGGAAGCUCUAGUGCCGAGUAUGGUUACGCGGAAGCCUACCAGCCGAAAUUGUCUUCCGCCGCCAUAUUCGUCAAGAAAUUGCACGAUUUUGCAGGAGUCCAAAAGAAAGGUUACAUGGAUUUCCAAGAGAUAUCUCGGGAAGGAAGCUUGUCACCGAAUUAUGGCUCCACGCUUCCAAAAGACUCGACUUCUAACAUACCGUGCACCUGGUCCGCGUCUGAUCCUUCCUUGUUCCUUAUCCGUGGUGAUAAUUAUCUAGUCGACAAUCUAAAGGUUAAGGCAAAAGGCACUUUACUGCAAAUGGUUGGUGCUGAUUGGCUGAGAUCCGACAAGCGAGAAGAUGAUCUUGCUGGUCGAUAUGGUAGCAUCGUUCAGAAAUAUGCCGCUCGUGGGGCACCCGAGUUCUUCUUCGUCAUCAACAUACAGGUCCCGGGCUCGGCCACGUACAAUUUGGCACUAUAUUAUAUGCUAAAAACUCCCUUGGAAGAAACACCUCUGCUCGAGCGCUUUGUGAAUGGAGAUGAUGCUUUUAGGAAUUCGAGGUUCAAACUCAUUCCGUACAUCUCUAAGGGAUCUUGGAUUGUGAAGCAGAGUGUUGGAAAGAAAUCUUGCUUGGUAGGCCAAGCUCUCGAAGUUAAUUACUUUCGCGGAAAAAACUAUUUGGAGCUCGGCAUUGAUGUUGGCUCGUCAACUGUAGCGAGGGGUGUGGUUAGUCUCGUGCUCGGUUAUCUCAAUAAUCUCGUAAUAGAAAUGGCCUUCUUGAUCCAGGGAAAUACAGCUGAAGAGCUGCCUGAGUUCCUGCUCGGGACUUGUCGACUUAACUAUCUCGAUGCAUCGAAGUGCUAUGCUGUUUUAGGUCACAACUCAAACUCAUAA